AUGGUUUCAAGACAGUUGUUAAAACCGGUAAUUACUGACGUGAUGUACAAAGGAAUGCAUUUUAUUAUUAUGGAUUCGCCGGCCGCUGACACUGUUCAAACCUUCGCCAAGGAAUGCUCUCGGCUGCGAGUUUCUGAUGUGAUCCGCGUGUGUGAGGAUAAAUAUCCCAUUGAACCGUUUGAGAAAGUGGGAAUCAAAGUUCACCACUGGGAAUUUGAGGAUGGAUCUUUUCCUCCUGAUGACAUCUUAGAGAAAUGGUUUGAGCUCUUGCGGUUGCGGUUCUAUGGUCCUAAAAAGACACCAUCUGGUGAUGGGAGCGGUAAUGAAAAUUCCCACCCAGGGUCUGUGGCUGUGCAUUGCUUGGCUGGCUAUGGAAGAGCCCCCGUUUUGGUAGCUGUUGCGCUGAUGGAAUUGGGAAUGUCUAAUCACGAUGCCAUCGAGUUGAUUAGAUCUAAACGCAAAGGUGCUUUCAACGACCGCCAAGUAGAGUCCUUGCGUAAUUAUCGAGCUAAAAACCGACUGCGCAAGAAUCUACAUCAGUGUUGGCUCCUCUAG